AUCUUAACGCGUUAAAGAUGAAACAAACCCACCGCGUUGCUCUGUAUGCGGUGCGCGUGAGCUGCUGGGGGAAGGGGGGGAUGUUGUCGCGCUAAACAAUCAGCUAGCAUUAGCUUAGCGUGUUAGCACAAGCUAAAGCUAAACAACAGUUAGCCGAAUAAGUGCGUCGUUUUUCACACGCGAUAACGAUCACGUGUAAAGCUUCGUUUCUAGAUUUGUGUUUAAUUCGCUAUCAGGUGACGUUUUUAGUUAUUUAUUAUUUAUUUAUUUAGCUAGCUAGCUGUUACAGUGCUAGUUACUGUGUGCUAGCCGGUUUGGCUAAAUCGCGUUUGUGCGGUUUUUUCUUCUCCCCUUUCACUCUCAUCCGCAGAAGCGCGGGUUCAAUCUCAAAUGCAGGCGCGCGCGUCGCACAAGCGCAAUUCUGCAGCAUCUGAACAAGCCGGCACGUGCGCCCUACGUAGUGCACUAGAAAACAAAUGAGAGCGUAUUUGGGACCGAGCCCAGCUAACUAGCCGUGCUACUUGCUCGGCUAACUUCUCAUGAAUGACACGGAACGGUGUCGUUUCGGUCAGAAUAGUUACGCUUUAGUGAUUUUUAUCUGCGUUAAACGAAAGAGCGUUGUUUAUUACGUCACCUGUGGCACGGAAUUGUCUGUUUAUGGGUUUUUUUCCUUCGUUGUGAACGCGGUUGCUAGGCUAGCAGGUGGUGAAGCUAGCAACACGUUUGUUUUUGUUCCCCCGAGCCGGACGUCUGCACCGUCAAAUUCAGAAAUAAAGGUGCCCGUAUUCUGCUGCAGAGGAGAGCACCAUGAUGAGGAGUCAGUAGGCACCCUCCAUAGUAUGGCCGCGUCCCGUUCUUCGCGUGUCACAAGAUCAUCAGUGGGGUUAAAUGGAUUGGACGAGAACUUUUGCGGCCGAACCCUCAGGAACCGCAGCAUCGCACAGCCGGAGGAGACCUCUCCUCCUCCUACGCCCAGAACUCGCUUGCCCUCCAAGAAGCAGGACUGCCAUCAAAACCAGCAGGCCGGGACUCAGUCAGGGAAGGUAGCAGAAGGAGAGUCCUUGCCUGCCCACAGGAAACGGGGCCUUUCCGUCUCUGAGAAGGACGAGGCGGAGAAGUCGGACGCCACAGAAAGAGUUCGGGUUGGGGGAGGACAAGAAGCCUCCCCUUCCCUGAAGAGGGCAAAGCGGUGCUCUCGCUCAGUGGAAUCUCAAGGAACUGAGGAUGAAACUUCUCUCAAACCUGAGAGUCCCGAUCCGACUGACGUCAAAGGCAACAAUGAGGAUUCUAAAUCGGACUUUGCUUCAAACUCGCCCUCGGAUUCGGGCUUGGCGUUGUCUGUCAGCCUCGACAAAGAUUGCGAGGAGGAAAAGGACGAGGACAAGAGAGAGCGCGGUCCUUCUUUGCCAGCCAGCGAGUCUCACAAGGCGACCAAUGGCCUGGCUGAGGUCCAUAAGGAUGACUUAGAAUCUGCAGCCUUGCCUGCAGAGCCCUGUGCCUGCCCCACCACCAUCACGAACAGUCCUUUGCUGCCCAAUGGCAGCCAAGUGGCAGCUUCAACCCUGGACCCCAUUGUGCCUUGUACAUCCCCGCUUCUUAAACAGGUGGACGAGUCCAAUGGCCCUCAGGCCGACAGAGAGAGAAACUGUUCAGCUGAGGAGGCCUCUGAAGCUGUUCUGUCUCUGGAACCAGAGGUUGAGGUUGAGGUGGACGUGGUCGGGGACACCGGCCAGGUCCAGGACGAGCACGUGGCUGAGGAGAGCACUAACGGGGGCCUGCUUGUGGAUCUACAGGACCCUUCAGACGAUUGUUCAAAUAUCUCAGGGGAAACAGCUGGCUUGACCUCCCAGCUUCCCGCGGAGCCACCUUCCUUCACAGAGCCUCAAGAGCAUAGGUACACCUUGAGGACUUCCCCUUGCCGCACUUCCUGUGUAAGUGGGCCAAGAUGCAGCUCACCGAAGCCUGGUUCCCCCCAUGAGGAUAACAGAUUUUUGAAGGACGAGGUUACGGUGGUUCCUCUUGAAUUGGACGACUCGGCCUGCCAUAAAGAACCAUUGACUGUGGUGCCAAGUCUCGUUAGCGAGGCUGACUGCGAGCUCUCCGAACACACAGGGGCCAAGGUUAGUGAAGACGCUGGCUUGUUGGAUAGUAGAGUUUCCAGACCCACCAAAGCUCCAUCGGUCGGGCAGACGGAGGAGGAAGAGGCAGAGGAAGACGAUCCUGACGUCUACUAUUUCGAGUCCGAUCACUUGGCUCUCAAACACAACAAAGACUAUCAGAGACUGCUCCAGACCAUCGGCGUGUUGGAGGCCCAGAGAACGCAGGCCAUCUUGGAUCUGGAGGCACUGGCUCGCCACCAGAAACAGGCCCUGGCUAACCCUGUUACCUUCGUGGACCAGCUUCAGAAACAGGUGGAGUUGGGCUUGCCCUGUCCUCAGAGAGUCGUCCAGCUCCCCGAAAUCGCAUGGGACCAGUACACCUCAGGCCGCAGUGAAAUCGAAAAGGACUUUUGUGACAAGAAGCGCAAGACAAGGCGGUUGAAGUUAAUCUUUGAUAAAGUGGGCUUAACGGCAAGACCAAAAAGUCCGACGGAUUCCAAGAAGGAGAGCGAGGGCUCCACUCUGUACUCGUCUCUGCCUUCCAGUGACGCCCCAGAACACGGCAUGCUUGGAAACAGGUCUCAGUUGAUCAGAGGGAGGCCGUAUCACCAGAACAAACCUGAAACAUUUAACCAGCUGUGGACGGUGGAGGAGCAGAAAAAGCUGGAGCAACUGCUGCUCAAGUUCCCACCCGAGGAGGUGGAGUCUAAACGAUGGCAGAAGAUCGCAGACGAGUUGGGGAACAGGACGGCCAAACAGGUCGCCAGUCGGGUACAGAAGUAUUUCAUUAAACUGACGAAGGCAGGAAUUCCGGUACCAGGACGAACCCCAAACCUGUGCAUGUACAACAAAAAGACCUCAAAUAAGAGGCAGCACCAUCUGAACAAGCACCUGUACCGACCGUCCACCUUCCUCACGUCCUAUGAGCCACCUGUCUACAUGGAGGACGAAGACGAGCGCUCUAGCUUCAUCAGCGGUCUGCAGGACGGCACGGCCCAAGAUUCGGACGAGGACGACGUACCGUUGGAGCUGAGGCACCUGCCCGAGUUUAAAGAGCUGCUGGAGCUGAAAAGACUCAGGAAGCAGAAGAUCCACGAGCUCCAGAGCGAGAGUGCCCUCAUGCAGCACAUAGGCUACAAGUGUGAUAUGUGUGGCAUAGAGCCGAUCCUGGGCAUACGGUGGCACUGCCAGGACUGUCCUCAGGACAACGCCGUCGACUUCUGCGCCAACUGUGCCGACUGCACUUCUUCCUCAUCAAACUCUAAAUCGUCUGAACCCGUCUCGUCCUGCAGCUCGUUUAAGACAGACACACACACACCGAGUCACCGCCUGGAGCCGGUCCAGCAGGCCGAGAGCUUCCUGGACAGAGACUACUGCCUGCCCGCCAGCACCGCCUACAACUACCUGGACCCCAACUACUUCCCAGCUAACAGAUGACAGGAGCGAGGCAGGGCCGCAGGAACCCGGGGUCGGACUCGCUUCGUCCACUCACCAGACACAGUUCUGCUUACAGCCGGAGGACCUUGAACCGAACCCGACGCUCUACUCGAGCUUACAUGCCAUCUUCAACUCAAAAGGGAGGGAGCAGCAUCCCGAAUCAUCUCCACACCAUGUCACAGCUGCUGUCAGGCCUUCGUGUGUGUGUGUGUGCGUGUGCGGAGAACAAAAGGGACUCAGUGCUGACUUUCCAUUCACGCCAGGUUUUUAACCAGGAGGAUUUGCUAACAAAUCAGAGACAUUCUUAAUUUACAGACCCUGAACACACACUUUUACUAGAAGCUGCUUGUGUUGUUUUUUUUUUUGUUUUGUUUUUUUCCUCCUUCUCCCUUCUUUCACACCCCCAGACCUAACAUCAUGAUGUCGAUCAUAUUUUUCCAAUCAUUUCUUUUUUUUUUUCUUUUUUUUAAAUUUUAUUUUAAGUUCUGUUUAAAGCUCCAACCCAUAAAGCACUACAGCACGGACAAGACCAGCUGAGAGACGCACUCGGUCGGUGUUAAUAGCGUAUGGAGCGUCGUUUUCUCUCUCUCUAUCUCGUCCUCCUCACUUCUUCUCAGUGUGUACUGUCGUCAAUCAUGUGGCGUAUACAAACGUACGGUGAAUCUAGCCAGUGGUAGGUGCUGUGCCAUUAUUUUUUUUUAUUUUUUUUUUUCCCCUUCAUUUUUCCCCCAAAAUGUCUGGAUGAUUCCAUGUCCCAAGUUUCACGGGGGGGGGGGGGGAGUGGCGGAAAAAUCUGCCCAGUCAUCACACUUCGUUGUUUUUUUUGUUUGUUUGUUUGUUUGUUUUUGGUAUUUUUUUUUCUUCUUCUUCAUGGUCCAUGAUGAUAAGUGUAUUUUUAUUAAUCUAUUUAAAAACAAAACAAAAGGGCAGUGUUGCCUGAAAAGAUGAUACGGAAGUGUGGUGCCUGUCGUCGCCGCCGCAGCGCUCCACUCAUUAUUUUAUACACAGAUUUUGUUGUGCUUUCACGUAGACCAUUUUGUAUUUGAUUUAGGUUCCCCCCCCCCCCCCGCUUCAAUAUCCGUGUAUAACAGUCUGUUCUUAAAUAAUGUUCACAUGUUAGAGGAGAACUGUGGAAAUAAAAGUAUGUGAAAAGUCUUUCUACA